UAUUUAAUCAGUGUAAAUGAAUCAGAUUUCUCUGUUUAUUCUCCUGAAGCUCUGCCGCCAUCAGUGAAACACAAAGACAGAGUUUACUGAAGGACAGUGAGAAGAUGAGUGAUCCAGAACCCUGCAGAAUCAAACAGGAAGGGACUGAGGAUCAAAUAGAUGUGGUGGUGAAGGAGGAGAGUGAAGAUGAGGAGAAACAUCAUGUCAAAACUGAAGAAGAAACUCACACAAGCACAGAACACAGUGUUUUAAUGAACAGCACAGCUGUAAACGGUUUCGCCUGCACUGAAUGUGGAAGGAGUUUUGGGCGCGCGAACAAUCUCAAGCGUCACAUGAAGAUCCACACUGGAGAGAAACCUUACAAGUGUUCACACUGCGACAAGACAUUCUGUAAGCUAGUACAACUGAGAGCACACAAGAAGAUUCAUGCUAAAGAGAAACUGUUUUUCUGCAUUGCCUGUGGGAAGAGUUUCAGGAAUAAAUUUGUUCUACGAAGACACACACACAAAUACCACGAGCCGAAUGAAGACAUGAAGACCUACUUAAAUGUUCAUUCAAAGAUGAAGCAGUUUUUAUGCUCUUUGUGUGGAAAGAGUUUCAAUCGUUCACACAGUUUAAAAAAACACGAGAGGACUCACACUGGAGAGAAACCUUACAAGUGUUCACACUGCGAAAAAACAUUCAAUGAGUUGGGAGGUCUGAAAGCACAUGAGAUGAUUCACACUGGAGAAAGACCAUUCACAUGUAUUCAGUGUGGGAAGAGGUUCACACGAUCAUCAAACCUUAAUCGACACAUCAUGAUCCACACUGGAGAGAAACCGCACCAAUGUGAUCAAUGUGGCAAGACAUUUUCAAGGCCAUCAGAGCUGAAGAGCCAUCUUAUAGUUCAUACAGAGGGGAAGCCUUAUUCAUGCUCUGAAUGUGGAAAGAGUUUCCUAAGAAAGUCAGGAUUUAGAAAACAUGAGAAGAUCCACACUGGAGAGAAACCUUACAAGUGUUCACACUGCGAUGAGAGAUUCUGUAAGUUAGGUCAACUGAAAGCACACGAGAAGGUUCACAGUAAAGAGAAACCGUUUCUCUGCAUUGCUUGUGGAAAGCGUUUCAGGGAAAUAUUUUCUCUACAAAGGCACACACAAAAAUAUCACGAACUAAGUGAAGACAUCGAGACCUACUUAAAUGUUCAUUCAAAGAUGAAGCCGUUUUCAUGCUCUUCGUGUGGAAAGAGUUUCAAUCGUCUACACUGUUUAAAAAAACAUCAGAGGAUCCACACUGGAGAGAAACCUUACAAGUGUUCACACUGCGAAAAAACAUUCAGUGACACAGUAAAACUGAAAGCACAUGAGAGGAUUCACUCUGAAGUGAAACCCUUCACCUGUACUCAGUGUGGGAAGAGUUUCAGACGAUCAUCACACCUUAAUGUACACAUGCUGAUCCACACUGGAGAGAGACCUUACAGAUGUGAUCAAUGUGGCAAAACAUUCUCAAGGCCUUUAGAGCUAAAGAUCCAUAUUAGAUAUCAUACAAACGAGAAACCUUAUUCGUGUUCCGUGUGUGGAAAGAGUUUUACAAGACAGUCAAGUUUAGGGAGGCAUAAGAAGAUCCACACUAGAGUAAGAGAGCAUGUGUGCUUUAAGGGUAGAAAGAGUUUUACUAGAAAAUUGAAAGAGCACCAGAGGAUUGACACUGGAGAGAAACCAGAUACUGAGGCUGGGAAGAAUUUCACAAAAUCAUCAAACGUUAAAGAACACAAGGAGAGAAAACAAUGAUCAAUGCGGCAAGACAGUUUUGAGGGCUGCAGAGCUGAAGAAACAUCUUAGAGUUCAUAUAAAGGAGAAGCCUUAAGGCUCGUGCAGCACACCAGGACAAUGUUUUCAACAUGUUAUUCAUCAUUCAUACUCAAGUUAUUUUUCUGACGAUUUUUCUGAAAUCUCUCCCUGAUGUUAGAUGGUGCUUAAAGUGCACAUAGGUUACCCCUUUUUUCAUAUUUAAUAUAAGUCUUUUGUGUCCCCAGAAUGUGUCUGUAAAGUUUCAGCUUAAAACACCCAUCAGAUUAUUGAUUAGAGCUGUUUGAAGUGUCUAUAUUAUAGCUGGAAAAAGGGUGUUGCUGUUUUUUUGUACUGGCCCUUUAAGGCUAGUCCUCCCCGCCCACCGUUCCCACGUGCCUGUCAGCAAUCGCCGCCCUCGGCUGCCUCAGGAAGCAGAUCUCACAUAACAUGUGUGAGAAAUAUUACAGUAAGAACUUUAACAAUCAGUAUUUGAUGCAUUUUUUGUGGAGUUGCAACGAUGAGUCACACACAAAGUCAUUACAAAGUUCACGCACACACACAGCGAGGACACAAACACAUAGCGCAGACACACACACACAUAGCGCAGCAGACACACACACAGAGAGAGAGAGACAGCGCGUUAAGCUUUGCACUCGUUUUGCACGCAUAUGUGACAUGAUACUGGUAAUCUCCACUGCUGUUUGGAUAUCUCUUAUAUUAAUGUGUUUAUAAUUGUUCUUACACGCGGCUGUGGUGAUAAAGUGCAUCUAAAGUGAAUCGCUGUAAUUCAUUACACACAUGCUCUGUUUUAAAACAUUUUAAACUUGUGAAACUCACUCUUGAUCACGUUUGAUGAUGAUUGAUGAUCCAAGCGAACUGAACACACCUUUUAUUCCCGGUUGCUUUGCGCUCGUCCUGUCUUGAUUAUAUGAUUAUACACGUGAUUACCGGACAUGUUAAUGUGCGCAGCUGUCAAUCAAUAUUGGUGGGCGGAGUGACUGCACUCCUACAUUGUUAAAUUAAAAAAAAAAAAAGGACUGGGUAUGUUUAUUUCACCCCAAUAUGGCAGUUUAUACACGAUAUUUACACACAUUUCUGUCCAAACAGCUUGUAAAGUAGAUUUUUCACCAUAGGUGCCCUUUAAUGAACUUGCAACUUCUGAAAGGAAAGUGAAAUGAAACUCUCCAUCGAGUCCUAUUUGAUCUGAAUUUUCUCUUUAUAGACAGCAAAAAAUGUUUAGUGUGUAAAGGUGCUGUAUGUAAGCUUUUGGCUCUUCUAAAGCUUAAAUAUACCAUAAUAUGUUAGCAGAUAUUUAUGAAACAUGCUAAGUGAAUAUACUUGUUUAUCUGAAAAACAUUGGUGAUGUCAGUCAUUCUCUUGUGAAAGUCUGUCUGUGUUUUGGUCUCUAUAACCAGCCCACUGCCAGUUUACCCAAUUAUAUUUCAGCACUCCGGGUUGACUUGAUGGAAAACACCAUUUUAUUUCAGUCGUGAUGGCUGCUACAAUUUAUCCAGCUGUGGCAAACUAAUAGCAUGGAGUCAUCAGAAGAGGGGCUGGGUCAAAAAUAAGUGUUUUGAUUUAGAGUGCAAUACCUAGUUUAACCACUGGAUGAGAAUCUCACAUACACCUUGGGAAAAAAGCUACUUUGUUUCACUUUUACUUUUCAAGCUAUUCAGGAGCCAUGCGCACCCACUGACAGGUAAAGAUGUUUACUGCUUUCUCUGAGGGAUUGAGCUGCACUGGCCAGUGUUUGUGUGUCUACAAGACUGAAUGGUGGCGUGGCAAACAUUUCAUUAGUGUCCUCCAAAUUUAUCCACCAUCUAUUCAUUUUAAGUAUAAUUAAAUUCAUCCAGCAACUGUUCGUCAGCGCUGUUUCAUGAUGACAGUUACUCAGAGCAUCAAAUAUAAAAGCCUCUACAACUCUGGCUGUGUGUGCGGUCAGCUGUGUAGCCAUAUACAAGUAUAGAUCAGACUUAAAGAGAGGGAUAAAGUAAAGUAAAAACCCAAACAAUGACUCUAUAAUGCAAAAGCUGAGAUUUUAGGACAUUUAGAAAUCCCAAAGAGGACAUAAAAGAUGAUGUAUAGUCACUCAAUCUGAAUGUUUUAUUAUUGUAGGCCUUUAUCAUUUUGCUUCAUGAUACAAA